UCUGAGGGCAGAGACGCAAACUCAAGCGCUUUCUUUCUAGUUCUCAUAGUUUCCGCUCAGAGCACAAACCUUCCCAUACUGUGUCCUGGUUAUGAUAGUUGGGGAGGGCAAGGUCUCAGAACCGGGAUCUUACUCAGCGGCACCCAGAGCCUGACAACGUUUCUUCCAGGCAUGAAUAACUUGGGGCAGAUCAUCUCCUUGGGCCAGUUUGUCUACAAACAAUGUGAAGAGAUGAAAUACUGCCGGAAACAGUGUCAGCGCCUGGGGAACAGGGUCUCCAGCCUCCUGCAGCCACUGCAGUUGCUCCAGGCCCAGGGAGAGAAGAACCUGCCCACUGAGCUGACCACCACUCUGCACCGUUUUCAGGCUGCCCUGGAGGAAGCUAAGGCACAGAUAGAAAAGUACAGCAGUAAAUCCAGUAUCGAGAAAUUUCUAACCGUGGGACAUAGCAAAAUACUCUUCAGUGCAGUGAACAAGAGUCUGAGAGAUGUCUCGGACGAGCUCUCGCUGCUGCUUCAGGCUGAGCAAUGGACGCUUAUUUCAAACAUCAUCCCUCAAACCUCCUGGCAGCAGGAGGAUCAGCAGGACGCAGAGGAAGACAAGCGGGUCUUUGAAAAUCUGCAAAGACAAAAUGACAUUAUGGAAGCUUCAUUGAGGACAUUGGAGAAUGAUGUGAAAGAAAUCAAGGAAACGUUGAUGCAAUACUUUCAGAAACCCCGGAAGGAGAUCCUACAAGAGCAAAUCAGGGAGAUUAAGAAGGAGGAGAUUUCAGGGUCCUCAUGGAUCCCACUAAGGAAAACUAAAUUCAGCACACUUUAUAAAGGAGAAUACCACAGAUCUCCAGUGACCAUAAAAGUGUUCAACAACCCCCAGACCAGCAUUGGAUUAGUAAGGGAUACCUUCAAAAAUGAGAUCAGAACCAUGAAGAAAUUUGAUUCUCCCAACAUCCUGCGUAUAUUUGGGAUUUGCAUUGAUGAAACAGAGUCUCUGCCUCAGUUCUGCAUCGUCAUGGAACACUGUGAGCUGGGGACCCUGCGGGAACUGCUGGACAAGAAGCAGAACCUCUCCUAUGGUGUGCGCAUUGUCCUGGCCCUGGAGGCAGCCACGGGCUUAUACAGGUUGCACCAUUCAGAAGUACCCGAACUCCACAGAAACAUCACCAGCACUAGCUUCCUGGUAACUGAAGGCUACCAUGUGAAGCUUGCAGGAUUUGAGUUGAGCAAAACGCAGACUUCUAUCAGUAGAGAAUUUAAGGAAAAAGAAGCAGAGAGAGUCAAUUCUACAGCCUAUGUCUCACCUCAGAGACUGAAAAAUGUGUAUAAUAAAUAUGACAUAAAAGCUGAAAUAUACAGCUUUGGAAUCGUCCUCUGGGAAAUCACCACUGGGAAGAUACCGUUUGAAGGCUGUGAUUCUAAGAAGAUCUAUAAGCUGGCGGGUUUGGAACAACAGCAAGAGCCACUGGGUGAAGACUGCCCGCCAGUGCUGCAGGAGAUCAUUGAUGAGUGCCGGGCCUAUGAGCCCUCGCAGCGGCCCUCCAUGGACGAAAUCGUAAUGAAACUGUCUGCCUUCGCUAAGUCGUGUGUUGAAACCUAAACCAGGGAGUCCUUGGGCAAGAAGCUGGAAGAGGCACUUGUAGUUCAUCCCUCUCUUGUAUGCUUUGGUGUCAAGUUACUUGUGGGUUCGGAGAGGCAGCAUUUCUCUGUUAGAAAUAGAAUAUAAUUCCAGCCAUAUAUGGCAUAUCCCACUCCAAAUGAGACUUUCAUAAAUUCAUCUCUGGGUGGUAAAUGCAUAAUUAUGUGAUUAUACUAGUAGCUAUUGAUUGUUUACUUAGGAUGGAUUGUAUGCUGUGUGAAUAAAACUGUUUAAAAAAAUACAUCUCU